AUGGACGAUCGCGUAGAGGAUAACAUGGCUUUUAUUAUGAACGUGGGCGAAAGGAUGUCGGCUUUGAUGGCUUUAGGGAAGCCUCAAAAGGUCAGCAAUACUGUCCCAAUCGUGAGGUAUUACAGAAGUAUGAUAGAGGUGCAUCGUAUGGCACUAUCCUAUUUGAAAAACCAAGAUUUGGAGAGAGCGUUGGUAUUGCUGAUACGAUUCUGCAGUUUCACUAUUGAAGAACUGCCAAAACAUCACGAGUUCAAUACCUUUGCGGGUGAAGAAAAGAGGACUGUUUUUGCUCUGUUGAAACCGGCUCUUGACCGUGCAGAGAAUCUGAAAAAGCUAUUGAAAGCAAAGUUUGAAGUAGAAGCUGAAGAGGUCAGGAAUUACAAUGCUGCACGACAAGCUAAGUUGGAAGCGAGGAGAGCGCAAAGCGGUCAAGCUGCUGAGAGGCCGACGUCAAUCGCAGCAAGUGGGGAGGCAAAUGUCGUCAAUAUUGUGUAA